AUGCUUUCCGAAGACGAGAAGGAGAAGACACCACCUUCUGUGAUGACGUCAAUUCCAGACGACGUGAUCAUGGAGUGUAUAGCGCCACGUGUCCCGAGGUACAACCAUUCGAUGCUAUCCCUCGUCUCUAAGCAAUUCCGAUCUCUCGUUGCGUCGCCUCGACUAUACAAGACACGGUCCCUCCUCGGCUGCACCGAAGAUUGUGUGUAUGUUCUCAUCGAAGAUUGUAUACUCGAAGUUGCUCGUUGGUAUAGUCUUAACCGGAGAACCAAAAGAAACAUGCCCGGCACUGUUGAAAACCGGUUGGUCCUUAUCUCGUCACUCCCGCCUAUGCCCACAGCAGCAAGCUAUGUUGUUGUGGGUUCCAACAUCUUUGUAAUGGGUGGAAGAUACGACUGGAAUGUUGAGGAGUGGGAAGCCCAACCGCCAUCAUCGAUUGCGUUAUGCAUCGACUGUCGAACUCACACGACCCGUCUUGUUGCCGACAUGCCGGUUGGGCUUAUGACGAAUGUAUCUAAGGUCAUUGACGAGAAGAUAUACAUUGUCGGAAGGGUGUGGGCAUCGGCUACCAUUGUGGAAUUUGAUUUACGAACGGAAAAGUGGGCGGAUGGUACGAAACCAGGCUGGGAGGCGGAUGAUAGGUGGCUCACAAGUUUAUCAACGACGGCAGGUAGGGGCCCCAGCAGUUUUGAGAAUAACUGCGAUCACAAACUAAUGGAAGAUAUAUUAAUGGACAAGGAGGAGAUCAAGCAUUAUCAUUUGUUCGACAAUGAAUGUGUUAUGGGAAACAUAUUGUACGUCUACGAUCGCCAUAAAUAUAUUUUAAGAACAUAUGAUCCCAAGCAAAGAACCUGGGGGGUGGUGAAGGGUCUUGAAAAACUUCCCUUAGGUGGUGAUGAGUCAUACAUUGUUAGUCGCGGUAAAAUGUUGAUACUUUUUUUGAUAGUGGUAUUGGAAUACGAUGACGACGCUUCUUUUCAGAAAAGAGAAUUAUGGUGUGCGGAGAUUACUGUGGAGAGGCGUGAAGAAGGAGAGAUUUGGGGAAAGGUCGAGUGUUGCGAUCUUUUGCUUGAAGGGGGUUUGAUCAUUGGGAGUUGUCUUGUUGUUACUCUCUGA